CGUAGGCAGGACGUCAGGACAUAGGCUACGGACAAGAUACAGAGACGGUGCUCGGCGUGGGAGGAGAGCCGUUGCCGACAUUGUAGAAAGCGGCAGAGAUCAAGAUCUGUCUCUCUUCCGGGCCCACCUCGCAGUGUCCGUUGGGCAGAUACGACUCCCAUUUCCCCUCCUCCCUUUGCUAGGGCUGCGCCGUCUUCUAUAUAAGUCAACCGACCGUCUUCCACCUGGUUAUCAUCCUCUUCCGGCCCAUUACAUUACACAAAAGCAGAGGAGAGUUGCAGAGGUCGGAGCUGAGGCCUUGUGGACUGCUGUUGCCAAGAGUCAAGACUCCGACGAGAACAAGGAAAUGGCACGGAGCCCAGCUCAGGUCGCUCUCCCCUUCAUCGCUUUGCUCCUUCUGCUUCCAGCCGCGUGGUCGGCGACCUUCACCAUGACCAACAACUGCGGCCACACGGUGUGGCCGGGCCUGCUCUCCGGCGCCGGCACGGCCCCGCUGUCAACGACCGGGUUCGCGCUGGCCCAGGGCGCGUCGGCGACGGUGGACGCGCCGACGGGCUGGUCGGGCCGCAUGUGGGCGCGCACGCUCUGCUCCGAGGACGCCACCGGCAAGUUCACCUGCGGCACGGGCGACUGCGGGUCCGGCGCCCUCCAGUGCAACGGCGGCGGGGCCGCGCCGCCGGCGUCCCUGGCGGAGUUCACGCUCGACGGCUCCGGCGGCAUGGACUUCUUCGACGUCAGCCUCGUCGACGGCUACAACCUGCCCAUGCUGGUCACCCCGCUUGGCACCGCCGCCUCUACCGCCAGCUCCGCGGGCGGGCCCAAGUGCGUGGCCACGGGCUGCCUGGUGGACCUGAACGACGCGUGCCCGGCCGACCUGAAGGUGGCGUCCUCGGCGAGCCCCGCCGGCGCCAGCGGCGCCGCUGGCGUCGGCCCGACCAUGGCGUGCAGGAGCGCGUGCGAGGCGUUCGGGUCGCCGCAGUACUGCUGCAGCGGCGCCUUCGGGAGCCCCAGCACGUGCCGGCCGUCGACGUACUCGCAGUUCUUCAAGAGCGCGUGCCCGCGCGCAUACAGCUACGCCUACGACGACUCCACCUCCACCUUCACCUGCGCCGCCGGCACCAACUACGCCAUCACCUUCUGCCCCACCGCCGCCACCAGUGGCAAGUUCACCGACCCGCAGGCUGCUGUUCCGCUGACGAACAACACGAUGGUCUACAACGGCGGCGAGCAACUCUCCUCGGCAAACGGCGGCGAGCGAUUCCCAACGAACGGCGGCACCUCCAUCGCCGCCCGUGCGUCACAACUCCUCCUCGCGGUGGCCGUUGCCGUCUUGCUGCUGUAA